CCAACCGCGUCCAACCAGAGAGGUCGAACCGCAUCGGACCAACGCAUCGCAUCGGUGUGUGGCGGAAUUCGCGCAAAGAUGUGCGAUGUUGUUCCAGGUUAGGAAUCCCUCGGAAGGGGCCGUCGAGCGGACGAAAGGCACGACGAAAGACAACCCAGUUUGCGAUCAACGGUGAUCGGGAAGGAAAUACGGUGCGCGGGGCGAUGUAACACGAUGCGUACGUGAGCGUGGGGAACUCGAGUAGAACGGGCGAGUGUGGUGUGACACGGACUGUGCCAGACCUCGAGCAACAAGUGGUUGCUCGUCUAUUGGUGCCAGCCACCCGCGGGGUUAAAUACCAUUAAAUUCGACGUAUCCUGGCCGACGCGCGGAGCCGAAGAACAAAGUGGCGGGGAGACGGCGCGGACGUCGAUCGAGGAUAAUAUUCGAUACGUGCAUGUAUGUCCCAUUGUACGUGCAGUGCGUACGUAUGUACGUGCAUUACACGAGUCCGACUCCGUUACGUAGGUCUACGUCGUCCCUCGUCUUCGCGAUCUCGGAGAUGUGAACGAGAGCGAGGGGGACGCGGCGCGCGAAAAGGAAACGAAUAAAGACGACACUGGACGACAGGGUGAAUCACGCGGUGGUGGAGGUGGCGGAGAAGGUGGAGGCGUGGAUCGGAGAAGCGCGACAUGUCGAUGUAUGUCAGUUUGCUUCGAGACUUCGCAGGAGCGGCGAGGCCCUCCUGAAACGAGCCAACCGGUGAUCGCCGUAUGGACUCGAUGAGGAAGAUUCUAUGUGCUUUGCAUGACAUAUGGAGUCAAAGGCGAAGAAUUGAAAAGGAAGGAGAGAAAAGCGUUGGAACCUGCUAUGAAGUACAUAUAUGUAUGUAAUUAUUGUAUGUCUAUAUGCAAAUUUGAAUUGCAUGAAUCCCACUGCACCGCAUAAGUUGUCACGUGUCUUAGCGGUAAUGGGUACAUAAAUGAGGACGAGAAGAAAAUUGAUAUAUGAUAACGAAUUGAAUUAUAUGACAAAGGCUACAGAAAAAGUAAACGAGUUGAUAAACCCGACAUGUUGGUAUGUGUCGUUUUAAUGCAGAAUUAUACCAAAGUGGAAAGACUAUCGUACAGAAAGUGAAGCGGAAAUUCUGCUCCAUGGAAUUGACGAGCCAGCAAUGGAUUUAGAUAAUUUACAGCAAGAGACAAAGAUGGAUAUGGAAGAUACCGAUGUAACAGGAAAAGCAUGGUAUACCAAACUCUUUGAGUAUGUCAGGAAUCAUAAUCGAAUUGAUCCUGGGAGGCUUGAGCUACCUGAUUGCGAUUUCUUCAAUGUUGCACCCAGACGAACAUUGAGAAUACUGAAACCACCUAUUAAAAAUGGUGAAUAUUACGAAGGGUCUAAUGAAAGGCCAGAUUCGGUAAAUGGUAAUUUUUUCUCACGCUGGUCCAAGAGACCUCAUCCCUCUGGAAACUGUAGGUGUUCUUUUCGUCGUUCCAAUCGAUUUAGUACAACGGAGGAGCAGCUUUUAUCAGCUGAAUUGAACCACAUCAGAAAUAGCCUAUCUGAGGCAGAAAUGAACGGAGAAAACAUCGAACAACUUGAGAAGACAGUAUCCGUAAAUCUUGAAGGUCUAAUUCCACCUGUUCCUGAGGAAAAUGACAAAAUAACGGAGAAAAAAUUAACAGACAUCACAGAAUUCACACCCGGAACUAAUUAUCAAAAUAUUGAUGAAGUUGCGAUUAAAAGUAAAAUUGUAAAGGAUCUAGAGAAAUUUAUUGAAGAGCUACUGGAGGAAAUAGUGGAUGAUACGUUAAAAUACAUAUCGGAAUCUAAGGAUGUGAUUAAUAGAGUGGAAAACUGUUCAACCGGUGUGUGUACGGAUCCCAAACAUUUAAGUAACUGUGUGUCCUUUGAAAACGAUUCCGUAAAACUUUCAAAGAUUACCGAUGAAAAACAAUUUGCUAAUAGUUCGUGUACAGCUAGUACUCCUUUUAAUAAAAUCAAUUUUGCUUUCCACAAUGACAUUAAUAGAGUUAACAAUGAAGAAGUGGAUUAUACAGAUGGAUAUGUGAAUCACGCAUUUCUGGGAUCCUCUAAUGAUCCUGAUACAUUGGAAUUUUACUUGCAUAAACCUGUUAAUAGUUGCAUGGCUUUGGAACAUCUUGAUUGUAUCGACUCUGGUAUUAACAGUGUAGAGACUAUAGAAUUUCAACCAGAGCAAGAACCUAGUUUGGAGGAAUCAUUAAUGGAGAUUAUUGACGCAAAACUUGGACGUAGUCCAUUACGAAAAAGUUGGGAGGAUUUACGAGAUCAACAGGAUAAAGAUAAAACCAUUAAAGAAAGUAUUUGUGAAGAUUCAUCUCAACUAGAAAAUCACGAAAGCCCAUGUAAUUCAGAAUCUCAAUUAGAUUCAGAAGUAAAGGUUCAUGAAACUUUGAAAGAUGAAAGAGAUCUCGAAGAGGAAAUAAAUACCUUUAAAAAACAUGAAACUGUUACCAUGCAAAAUGACAAUCAAAAUGCUCUCACAACUAAAAUUGUUGAUUGGGAGAAAAACACUCUUGAAUCCGUAACAGAAGAUGAUUCGAAAAAACUUAACGAAGUGACCACGGAUCCCAAUUUUGAUCAAUUACGAUUGGAGUUUAAUGGGAGCUCGACAUCUUUAGAGAAUAUUCCACCGCGGAAGAAAAAGGGGAUGCAUGUCUUUUGUAGAAAACUAUCAACAAGCCUUUGCACCUCUAACAACGAUGAAGAUAAAGAUAAAAGAAUUAAUGUGGGGCCUACUAAACGUAACGAUAGUUCAAGGAUUCGACCGGUAGAACUUGAAGAUUAUCGAAAAAAAUGGUCAAGUCCCAAAAAGAUUCCUGACUCUACAUUGGAAAACAACCUAAGAGACUCUGUAAAAUUGAGAAAAAACAAGAAACCUAUUAUUGUAUUUCUCCAUGGCUUUGGUGCCUCCGCGGAUGUUUUUGCACAUCAGUUGGAAUACUUUUCCAAGUUGGGUUAUCCUUGUCUGGCUCCAGACAUGCUAGGUCAUGGAAUGAGCUCAGCGCCAAAUCGUUCAAGAGACUACCACUUUGAGAAACUACUCAAAGAUUUGGAUACGAUUCUCCAUCAUUAUGCUUUCAAGCCAGGACACAAGUGCGUCCUAGUGGCGCAUAACUAUGGAUGCAGCUUUGCGACAGCACUGGCGUGUAAAUACGAUACCAACAUCCACCGGUUAGUUUUGAUAUCUGGUGGUGGUCCAACACCUUUGGCACCUCCAAGUACAGAAAGUACUGGCCAUUGUUGUCUAAGAGCAGCGUUUGCGCCUUUACUUAUGUGCGGACUUCAUCGAGACAUUUUAUAUGCAGCGAGAGGUCGUCAGCAUCCUUACUGUGGGCCCGAAUCCCCUGAACAGUGGCCAUCGCACAUGAAGUAUAUUUUGGAAGGAAUGGUCUGGCCGGAAGGCGACUACGUUUUCCAUAGAAGGAUAUGUACGCCGACGCUCCUUGUACACGGACUGCGAGACAAUAAGGUGUCUCUCGUACAGGAAUGUCAAAUGGAACGAACUAUGGUAAAGGCAUUUCUAGAAGCUAUUCCUGCAGCUGGUCACUGCCCGAUGACGGACUGUCCCGAGCAGCUUAAUCAUAUGAUCCACUGUUUCAUAGAUUUAUGGAAACAUAAAAAGUGGUAGCCUCAAGACAAGCCCUAGAAGAUUCGAAAAAUUAAUCAUGAAGCAACGCAUGUAGAGCACUUGAUUGUAUAAUAAGUUAAUUAUAUACGAUACAACGACCACUAAUUCGUACGUGGUCCGCUAGGGAAAAGAAGUUAAAAUUUACAGAAUCUGUGUGGAACGAUGAACGUGCCAAAAGUUGUUUGAUGUUGCCGAGAAUUCAUUGCUAUCUUUGGCAAUAGUACAUGUAUUUUGCUCCCCGAGCAACGAAUACGUUCAACUUUUUUGUUGACUAGAGGCUACCAGAUUUUGUACGUUGAAAGUUGUACCAAAGAUGAUUUAUACAGUGUUACUUUAUACGUUUUACGGCAGCGGAGCAUAACUUAUUCGUUUACAAUAAAAUCGUGUUUUAGACAAA